GCCCUUCUCCGGGGAAUCUUCCUGACCCUUCCUGACCCAGAGAUCAAACCUGGGUCUCCCACAUUGCAAACAGAUUCUUUACCACCAUCUGAGCCACCAGGAAAGCCCAAACCCUCUAUUCCCUUGGCCCCUUUCCUCCUUCCAGACAGAAGAUCUACCUCGGGGGCCACUAAAGCAUCUCCAGCCAACCGGACCUGGCAGGGUGUUGGGCCAGACACAGGUGAGAGUGGAAGUGGGGGAAGCCUGGCUCCUUCUUCUGCAUGACAAAGGGUGGGGGCUGCCCUCCCCGCCUGACGGCUAAUCAGCCCAUUGUCAGAAGUCUCCCAAUCCACACUGGCUUUUUCUCUUUGGCCUCUGGCUAGGGUUGCCAGAUUUAGCAAUUAAAAAUAUGGGACUCCUGGUGAAAGGUGAAAUUUGAAUUUCAGAUAAACAACAAAUGAUGUGCUAAAGUAUGUCCCAAAUUGUGUUCUGUAUUUUAUCUGGCAGCCCUACCCCCUGGCUGAUGGCCCAAUUGUUUUACUUCCCCACUAAAACUCCUCUACCAUGCAAAUCCACAUUCAUUUGGUGAAGCCACAGGAAAUUGAAGGACAUGCCCCCUACCCACACCGAGCCCCCGGUCACCUGGGCUGAGUCCACUUGGCUGCUUCAGAGGAUUGAACAAGGACUCUGGCUGGAAACAGCUGGAGGUUGUGGAAAAAGCUGUGGGCUAGGAAUCAGGCUUGACUUCAGGCAGGCAUCCAUCAUUAACUGUUGUGAGCCAGGGAUAUUGUUGCCUCUCUGAGCCUUGGUUUUCUUAGCUCAAAAACUGGUGGAGGGAAUGGGCUGGACGUUUUUUUCAACUCCAAUCUCUGAAUCUGUGAACAGCCAGGGAAAAGGAGAGGAUGAGGUUCCUUAUUGGACAAAAUCCCAUUGGUACUAAAUUAUCCCAUGCUCCCUUGUCUAGGAAGGUCGCCCCAUUCCCCCCUAAGCACUGGGAAAAACAUUGGGUUUUCCAAUUGUGAACAGCCCAGGAGCUCAACAGCCCCCAGGAGUCCUUUGAGCACCAGGCUCAGAUGCUCAUCCUUGUAGGCAGAAUCGGUCCUUAGCCAGAGAGCCAAGGUGUUGGUGUGCACACACAGGAGCUGUAGCAAGAAUCAGGACUCUAAGUCCACACCAGGGACUGGAGUUUGCUCUGUGACUGAGGGACAGGGAAGAGAGCACAGAGAGAUCCUUGCCUCUUCUUCAGGGAACAAGCUUUUUAAUUUAACUGGUCCAGCAACCCCGGCCGAGGUAGAGGCACCUGACCACAGUAAUACCAUCUGUCCACAGUCUAGACAGCCCCCUCCUCAGGCUCAGGGACCUGUCUGGAUGCUGAGCUCCCAGGAGGUCUGAGGGGUGUGACCUCCCUUCCUCCCAGCCUCUCCCCCCUCCCACCACCCUGGCCCAGCCCAGGGCUGCUAUAAAGCUGGCCCAGCCUGGCUCUCAGCACACCCCGCUGCUGGGACCCUCCUGGAGCCUCCUCUGGGGACACAUCCACUCUGCCCCUCCUUCUCCCCAGCAGCGCCAUGCGGCCGCUGUGGCUCUGCUGGGCCCUCUGGGCGCUGCCCCUGGCCUGCCCCGGGGCGGCCCUGACCGAGGAGCGGAUCCUGGAUAGCCUGCUGCAGCAGCUGCACCUCAGCGAGGUCCCCAUCGUGGACAAGGCCACCGUGGAGGGGCUGGUCAUCCCCGCCCACGUGAGGGCCCAGUAUGUGGCCCUGCUGCAGCGUGGCCACGGGGCACGCUCCCGGGGGAAGAGGUUCAGCCAGAACUUCCGAGAGGUGGUCGGCAGGUUCCUGGAGUCCGAGGCGUCCUCGCAUUUGCUGGUGUUCGACAUGGAGCAGCGGCUGCCGCCCCGCAGCGAGCUGGUGCAGGCCGUGCUGCGCCUCUUCCAGGAGCCAGUCCCCAGGGCCGCGCUCCGCAGACACGAGCGCCUCUUCCCGCGCAGCGACCGCGCCCGGGUCACCGUCCAGUGGCUGCACGUCCGCGACGACGGCUCCAACCGCACCGCCCUCAUCGACUCCAGGCUGGUGACCAUCCACGAGAGCGGCUGGAAGGCCCUGGAUGUGACCGAGGCAGUGAACUUCUGGCAGCAGCUGCGCAGCCCCCGGCAGCCGCUGCUCCUGCAGGUGUUGGUGCAGCGGGAGCACCUGGGCCCGCUGGCGUCCAGCGCCCACAGGCUGGUCCGCUUCGCCCCCCAGGGGCCGUCGAGCGGCCGGCAGGGGGAGCCCCAGCUGGAGCUGCACACCCUGGACCUCAGGGACUAUGGAGCUCAGGGAAACUGUGAUCCUAAGGCACCAGUGACCGAGGGCACCCGCUGCUGCCGCCAGGAGAUGUACAUUGACCUGCAGGGGAUGAAGUGGGCUGAGAACUGGGUCCUGGAGCCCCCAGGCUUCCUGACCUAUGAGUGUGUGGGCACCUGCCAGCAGCCCCCAGAGUCCCUGACUUUCAAGUGGCCUUUUCUGGGGCCUCGACAGUGCAUCGCCUCGGAGACGACCUCGCUGCCCAUGAUUGUCAGCAUCCAGGAGGGAGGCCGACUCCAGCCCCAGGUGGUCAGCCUGCCCAACAUGAGGGUGCAGAUGUGCAGCUGUGCCUGGGAUGGGGUGCUUGUGCCAAGGAAGUUGGAGCCGUAGGUGUGGGGUAUAGUCAUCGAAGGACUUGGCUUGUGUGUGUGUUGAAACUGUUCCAGGCGCCAGAAGCAAUGGGGAUGACUGAACUGAUGAUGGCAUGUGCUCUGCGCUUCGUACUGAGUUCUGACCAGUCAGCUCGCCUUCUGAUUUUUGUUUCUCAGGAACAAGACUCCUUGGACACUGGGAGCCCCUGCCCAAUCUUCUCUCUUUGACAUUUUUUCACUGCACUGUAUCCUAAGCACUUACCUGUGUAGAUUUUGUAACCUAAGAAGAGAAACCCCAAUUUGUCAUU